AUGGGGGACGAGUUGGACGCGUUGACAAAUCAGCUCAGCGAGGGUUUCCAGGUGGAUCCAAAUUCAUUAGGUAAGCAUUCAUUACGCUUUUAUUUUCUCGCUGCAAAUUGCAAACUGAAACAUUUUCCAGGAGAGCAUCCCAGAUAUGCACAGUUCAAAAAUCUCGCCAAAGCGGCCGAGCAGCAGGCGAAACGGCGCGAAGAAACGUUGGAACGAUUGAAAGUACGAGAGUUUCCGGAAAUUUUCAACAAAAAAGUGAAUUUACAGAAUGGACGCUUCGAAAAAUUGAUGAAAUUGCGAAAUCUGGCGUGCGACGACGCGAAUUCGGACGAAGAAGAGGCUCAGAGGGCCGAGGACGCCGAAAACGUCGCGCAGAUUUUCGGAGAUGCACAGCAGAGAAGACAGGUUCCAAAGUACGUCAAAACUAUCUGAUAACCGAAAGUUGUCGCAGAAAAAAACUGCUUCAAAAUUGAAAAUGUAAGUAUCUUUGCAGGUAUGCAGAUCAACUGAUGCUCAGCGAGUGGCUCGUCGACAUUCCCGAGACGCUCUCCACAGAAUGGACAAUGAUGAUGGCGCCACAGGGAAAAAGAACACUAGUCGUCGCAGCCAAGGUAUUUAGAAACGAAUUUCCUCUUGAAAAAUUUCAGUUUUCAGGGCUUCACGACCGCCUACAACAAGAGUGGCCGCCAAGUUGCUCAGUUUCAGUCGAAGCUACCGGGCGGCAGUUCCCGCGGAAAAAGUGAGUUAUUCCGCUUAGUAACAGCAAAAAUCAAUUAAAGUAGCUCGAUUUUCAGACGGUUCGUGGACAAUUCUCGACUGCAUCUACCACGAUCGCAUCUAUUACGUACUCGACGUGCUCUCGUGGAACGCCCACGAAUACGUGGAGAAUCCGUUCGAUUUGCGUCAGUUUGUGCUCAAAUCCAAGUUGGAAGAGACUCCGGAGCUCGGAAUCACGUGCUCCGGCUUUCGAAAUGCGUUUAUCGCCGUGCCGAGCUGUCCGUGCUCUCGCGAAGAGAUGGCUAAACUCAUGGACUCCAAACCGAAGUAAGUUUUAAGAAAUGAUUUUUUUAAAUCAGCAAAAAGUCAUUUGAAAUCAAAAGUUUUCGCAAUAACAUAUUUUUUCAGUUUCCGGCUCGACGGACUGCUCUUCUACCACAACUCGGUGUGCUACGAGCCGGGACAGUCCCCGCUGGUCGGAUGGCUGAAGCCAUGGAUGCUUCCGGAAAUUCUCAACGUUCCCAUUCCGGACAUGUAAGUUUUGCGGCUCCAAAAAUCUCUAAAAUUGUUUUAAAAUUAACUCAAUAGAACCCGAUAUUUCUUCAAAAUCUUUCUCAAAGUGGGAAUUGGCCGGAAAUCUUACCAGACCACUUCAAAGUUUAAGAUUCCUAACUAUAUUUUCAUGUUUUAGGUACUACAAGCAAUCGAAAGGACGCACGACGGCCGAGUACAUUAAAAUCUUCAACGACACGCACAAACACAAAUCAAAAGUGGCCAGCUCGAUGGAGCAGGAUUGA